CACAGCUGAAACAAUCUCUGCUUCAGGAAUACAAUGGCAGCACAAACACAGAAUGAUUCAACUAAAACAAUGGAUAUGAAAACUCUAGAUCCAAAAAUAGAAAACCCAUAAAUCUCUCUUGCAACCACAUCAACCAAAGUAGCACCGAACACAAUCAGCUUGUUCGAUUCGACCGAAACCAUGAUUAUUGAACACAACAAAGCCAUAAGCCGCCUCCUGGGAGAUGCUCAAAGACGUCUCAGCACAGUGAAUCGCAGAUGUGAGAUUACAUGGCGGUGGUUAAGGUUGAGAAUCGAAAUGCUCCGAGCUGAAGAGGCAGGGAGAACCGAGGUACUGGUCUUGGUCAAGACGAGAGCCAACGAACGCAACCUCCACAAACCAAGAGAUGCCACCACGGCCAACAGGAUUAGACACCGUCCUCCUCUCACUCACAACGACCAAGAGGCAGACCACACAACAGGGGAAUCCAAGGGGGAACCGGUGAAUGGAUUCACCAUGCAGCACAAAGAAUCCACCAUCUUGAGAGGUGACCACCAUAGGAAUUGAAGGAGUCGCACAAGAUGCAUAACCCAGCCCCAAGGAGAGCAAACCCAGGAAGAAGAACCCUAGAAAAGGGACUGGAAAAGCCACAAAGGCAGGAAAAACUAAACAGCUGGAAAUCCGAAAACGCAAACAAACAAAGGUAAAGGAGCUGGAAAGUAAGAACAAAAACAGAAAGGGUUCCUUGGGCUACCGCCAGUAAGGUGAGCGGCGGUAGCCCCUGAAAUAUGAAAAGGAAAUGCUAAGUUAGAGAGAGGAUGGAGGAAAAUUUGAAAGAGGAAAGUAAGAGAGAGAUAGGCCCUUCACUUCCCGCUUUUACUUGUGUCAAUGUCGAUUAAUUGCGACACUAAUAAGCCGGUUUAUUAGCAAAACUGGCCUAUUGAUUGCUCAAGUCUUCGAUGGCUUUAGGCCUGUGGGUAGGAUGGCAAUUUGAAUCAGUCUAUCGGGUAUUAUCCGACCUUAUUUGAGUUGGAGUGGAUAUUAUUUCCAAUGUUGUCAAAACCGAGUCGGAGUAUGACCCGGUAACGUGGCAAUCAAGGUCGUAUCAACUCGGGUCCCGGUACCCUAACCUACUUCCACAUUUAUUAACUAGACAUUCGGUUUAAGGGGGUUUGUGGUGGAGGAUUCAACUGAAAAACUAGUAGAGAGAAUAAACAAGGAUAAAACAU